UUGGCAUUUAAGUAAAGCUUUACCUACCCGUGCUUUAUUUUUGAGGAGCCAGAAACAAUAUUCAGAUUCGGAAAAACAACCAUGGGUGAUAUUGGAGCUACUACGAAUACUACUGCUGAGGCUAAUGGCCAUGAAGUGCCAGGUGGGAAGAAGCAGAUUUUGCUGAAUGCUUUUGAUAUGUCGACUGUUGGGCAUUUGUCGCCUGGUCAAUGGAAGAAUCCCAGAGACAAAUCUGCGACAAAGCGCAAGCUGGACUACUGGAUUGAAUUGGCCCAACUUCUUGAGCGCGGUGGAAUCAAUGCCUUGUUUCUGGCUGAUACAUACGGUGGCUAUGAUACCUACCAGGGAAAAUUGGAUGAGUGUAUUCGACGAGCAGCACAGUGGCCUGUCACAGAUCCGACAAUUCCCAUCUCUGCCAUGGCUGCCGUGACCAAGAACCUGGCAUUCGGAAUCACGUCGUCGACAUCCUUCGAGCCACCGUUUCUGCUAGCAAAGCGGUUCUCGACAUUGGACCAUUUGACGGGUGGCCGUGUUGGAUGGAACAUUGUUACGUCGUGGAAGAAGGCUGCUUUCAAGGCCAUAGGACUUGACAGUCCCAUCGAGCAUGACGAAAGAUACGCUCAAGCAGAUGAGUAUUUAAGGGUAGUCUACAAACUAUGGGAAGGCUCCUGGGCCCUCGACGCUCUCUCUCCCAACCCCGAAGCAGACUCCUACGCCGAUCCCGACAAAAUACGCACAAUCGACCAUCAGGGCAAAUACUUCAACCUUAACACCCGCCACAUCGUCGACCCCUCACCCCAGCGCACACCCUUCCUUUUCCAAGCAGGUACCUCACCUGCAGGCUCAAACUUUGCCGCAACCCACGCCGAAGCAGUCUUCGUAUCAAGCCACUCCCCAGCCCUCCUCCGCAAGAAAAUCGCCAACAUCCGCAACCUAGCCGCGGAGAAGAACCGCGAUCCGCAAUCGAUCAAAUUCUUCGCAACUUUCACGCCUAUCAUCGCCGAAACCGAUGAAGCGGCAUGGGCCAAGUACGAAGAACUCAAGAAAUACGCCUCCAUCGAGGGUGGCCUGGUGCUAUUCAGCGGCUGGACAGGAAUUGACAUCUCCCGCAUCCCAUUAGACCAGGACAUCACCGCUGCAGACUCCCUCGAAGCACACAAAGUAACUUCCAUACUCGACGCCUUUACAACGACCUCGAAGGAAAUCCCCAAAUGGACACCUCGGGUAGUUGCACAACGUGCUUCUAUCGGUGGACUCGGUCCCGUAACCAUCGGUAGCGCUGCAACUGUCGCAGACGAGUUAGAGCGCUGGUUUGAGGAGGGUGACCUGGACGGGUUUAAUCUGGGAUAUGUGACUACGCCGGGGACUUUCGAGGAGGUUGUUGAUCUGCUGGUGCCGGAACUGAGGAAACGGGGCGUGUACCCCGGGCCGUUACCGGAGGGGGAGCGGUUGACGGCUAGAGAGAAGGUUUAUGGGAAGGGGCAGAGUGGGUUGAGGGAUGAUCAUGUGGGAAAUGGGUAUAAGUAUGAUAAUUAUGAGAAGACUGUUGCAAGGGACGAGGCUAUUGCGAAGGAGAGUGAGAUUGGGAAGGAGGGUGAGGUUAAGGAGGGGGCGUGAUUUAUAUAUAAAAAGCCUUAUAUUUGACAUUUUCUGCAAAAAUGCUAUAUUCUUUUGCAGAAUUCUACAUCUCAUUCACUAGGGU